AUGGGAAUUUGCCAAAAUAGUAAGAACAUUAAAAGCCCAAUCAAUACUAAUCCUAUUUCGUAAUAUUCCUCAAACCCUUCAAUUCUAGAAAAAAUAACUAAUCCAAAACAAAUUUAUAUUAAUCCUCAUUUAAAUUUUAUUGUUCCUUCCGAACCUCAAAAUUAUGAUCCAUUAAGUAAUGUAUUUCUUAAUCAAGAUCCUCAUCGAUAAUAUAAUGUGCUUAUAAAUGGAGUCAGAUUUGAAAUUAUUAACUCUAUUGAAGAUUGUAUUUUAUCAAAUGAAGACAUCGAUGAAUGA